GCUGAUGAAGUUGAGUCGUAUCCUUGCCCCCUUUGCCCAGAGAGAGUGUUUUUGACAUCUUUUGGAUUGGAACGUCAUGCGUCGGAAAAACAUCAGGACCAUUUACAAGAGAUCCUCGAACACAUUGAGACGAUCAGUGCGGAAUGGCGAAGACGCGAAGAGGAACUAGCAAGGCGAAGAGACCGUAUGUAUUCAACACGCUUAAGGCAAGAGAACAUCGCUCAAGGUGUCUCUGUCGAUGCAGAUGGGAAUGUCGACGCCACGGAAGCAGUAAAAGAACAACACUUCAAGUCGUGUAGUCUUUGUGGGAUGAUAAUCGAUGCUGACAGUCCUUCUGCGAUGGAAAACCAUUUGCGUGCACACAAGAGAAAUGAUGAUCUCAAACUGAAACUUCUAGCACGUUACGGUUACCCUGAGAUAAUUAGUUCUAUCAUGAUAUAUUCUUUCAUAUUUCUUGAAAUUAAAACCUUGAACUUCCCUUUCCAUCCUUGGUUGUUGCUUACGAAUUUUAAUAACUGCAGAUACGUCUGCAAGUGGUGUGGCCAUGUAGCGUACACAAUGACGGAGCUGAAUAUGCAUAAAGCUGAUGUACAUGCUAUGCCUCCGUUUACUGUCAAGUCGGACAGAGAGCGGGUGAUGUAUUGCCUUUCGCACGUGGUAGUUCCGUUGUUUAUUUACAGAACUACAUGCGAGCAAUGCGGCCUCCGUCUUGUCCGCCCGUCCCUUCUUGUUCGACAUAUGCUGAGAGUUCACUCAAAAAACGUCUUCUCUUGUGAGAUUGAAACACCUGGUUCGUGCAAUUAUCGCAUAGAUGUCGACUGUGAGCGAAUAACCUGGAUAUGUUGCGAAAUCCAAUAUUCUACAAGGUGA